AUGUCUUCUACUACAAACACGGACGACGACGUAUAUCAUGAAAAAGAAUUGAUAUUAAACACUUUGAAAACCUCCUUAGGGUUUGCUGGUGUUGGGCUUCUUGUUGCAGCUGCGCAAAAUUCUUAUUAUGAUAAUACACGCGCUUCUACCGUCUUCACAAAAUAUGGCUCGAGUGUUACGGGCUUUGCUUUACUAGGAGGUAUUUUUACAGCGACUGAAACAAUUACAGCAAACGUCAGAAAAACAGAUGAUUGGAUUAAUGGAGCUGUAGCUGGGUGUGCUGCUGGUUUAACAACAGGAAUAAGGGCACGUUCAUAUGCGCUAAGUAUUGGAGCAUGUCUAGGUAUCGGAGGUUUAAUGGGUUUCUAUGAAUUCUCUGGAGCAUGGAGGGGAUUAUUGAAGGAUAAAACUGAGGAGGAAAAGCGUAAUUGGAGAUAUAACGUCUUUAGAGAUAACAAACCCGUAUUAGAUGAGGAAUAA